AUGGCCAUCACCAAGAUUCACGCUCGCUACGUCUACGACUCCCGUGGCAACCCCACCGUCGAGGUUGACGUUGUCACCGAGACCGGUCUUCACCGCGCCAUCGUCCCCUCCGGUGCCUCCACUGGCCAGCACGAGGCUUGCGAGCUCCGCGAUGGCGACAAGACUAAGUGGGGCGGCAAGGGUGUCACCAAGGCUGUCGAGAACGUCAACUCCGUCAUUGCCCCUGCCCUGAUCAAGGAGAACCUUGAUGUCAAGGACCAGACCAAGAUCGACAAGUUUCUCAUCGACCUCGAUGGCACCUCCAACAAGACCAAGCUUGGAGCCAACGCCAUUCUGGGCGUCAGUUUGGCUGUUGCCAAGGCUGGUGCUGCCGAGAAGGGCGUUCCCCUGUACGCUCACGUUUCCGACCUGGCCGGAACCAAGAAGCCCUACGUCCUUCCCGUUCCCUUCAUGAACGUCCUCAACGGAGGCUCCCACGCUGGUGGCCGCCUCGCCUUCCAGGAGUUCAUGAUCGUUCCUUCUGCCGCUCCUUCUUUCACCGAGGCCCUCCGCCAGGGUGCUGAGGUCUACCAGGCUCUGAAGGGUCUGGCCAAGAAGAGGUACGGCCAGUCCGCCGGCAACGUCGGUGACGAGGGUGGUGUCGCCCCCGAUAUCCAGACUGCCGAGGAGGCCCUUGAGCUCAUCACCGACGCCAUUGAGCAGGCCGGCUACACGGGCAAGAUGAACAUCGCCAUGGACGUUGCCUCCAGCGAGUUCUACAAGGAGGACGUCAAGAAGUACGACCUCGACUUCAAGAACCCCGACAGUGACCCCGCCAAGUGGAUCACGUACGAGCAGCUUGCUCAGCAGUACGCGGACCUCAGCAAGAAGUACCCUAUUGUCUCCAUUGAGGACCCCUUCGCCGAGGACGACUGGGAGGCCUGGAGCUACUUCUACAAGACCCAGGACAUCCAGAUCGUUGCCGACGAUUUGACCGUCACCAACCCCCUGCGGAUCAAGAAGGCCAUCGAGCUUAAGGCUGCCAACGCCCUGCUCCUCAAGGUCAACCAGAUCGGUACCCUGACCGAGUCUAUCCAGGCCGCCAAGGACUCCUACGCCGACGGCUGGGGCGUCAUGGUCUCUCACCGCUCCGGUGAGACGGAGGACGUCACCAUCUCGGACAUCGUUGUCGGUAUCCGGGCUGGCCAGAUCAAGACGGGUGCCCCGGCCCGUUCUGAGCGUCUUGCCAAGCUCAACCAGAUCCUCCGCAUCGAGGAGGAGCUCGGCGAGAACGCCAUUUACGCCGGUGCCAACUUCCGCAAGUCUGUCAACCUGUAA